AUGCAUUGUGUGGGAAAUCCGGCAAUUGCAAGCUUUAUUUGUACAUAUGUGCUAUUGGAAGGAAAUAUUUUAUUUGACAUAUAUUGUUAUGGCUUAAAAACAAACCCCACCCCCCUCUCCCUCCUUAAAUUCUGUACUGACGAAUUAGCUCUAGAAGUAAUUUUUAAUCAGGUGUUUGCCCUAAUUGCAGAAUCAGAGUCUACACAUUUGCAGUUGGGCUUGGACUUGCUUCAUGCUAUCAAGAAUGAGCUUGGCCUCACCCCUUCACGGAAAUGUCUUGAUUUUCUUCUCAAUGCUUGUGCUAAUGCCAAAGAUCUGAGAAAUUCCCUACUGAUUUGGAAAGAAUAUGAAACUGCUGGCCUGCCUUACAACACUUUAAGUUUCAUAAGGAUGUAUCAAGCCCUUUUGGCUGCAGGGGACCGCAAGGCUUCGAAAAUUUUGCUUAGUAAAAUUCCUAAAGAUGAUCCCCAUGUUCGAACUAUUAUUAAAGCAUGUAAAACCAUUUACUCAUAGGGUAAGAAGUACAAGAAAUAAACAAGAUGAAUGCAUCCUUUAAAUUAAUGCAUUGAAUUUGAUAAGUAACUUUUUUUUAUUUUGCUCCUUGAGAAAUGAAACCACGAGCCUUGUACUGGGAUAAGUCCCAUAUAUCCAAUUUGUACGGAAUGCUGGUUCUAUAUGCUCAAUUCACAUCGUUUGGAGCAAGUUGUACUGUCUGGGUUUCUUUUUUUCUUUUUUUUUGGUCGUUGCAUUGUC